UAUACACAUUACAGCAUCAGAAAUGUCGGCAACUCUUACCAUCACCGGUGCAGACAGGUACUCACCGGAGAAGCUGCCGCUUCUGGAGCAGCAUGUGGAUGAGCAGGUUGCCAACCGCACGUGGAACCUGGAUGCCAAUGUGGCGCUGCUGCGCUUCUAUCAAUUCAGCCCAGCCAGCGUUAAGUCCCAGAUCAUUGCAAAGAUCCUAAUAAAGGCGAUCAUGCAAGCGCCACAACAGGACUAUAAGUCGCUUAUCACGUUGCUGCCGGAACGUCUACAACAGGCGGACGAGUCCAUUUAUAAGGUUGUGCAGCUGGCCAAUGCGCUGGAGACCAGCCGCUUUGCGGACUUUUGGAACGCCGCCAACACGUGCCGGGAUAUGCUGGCCACGAUCCCCGGCUUCUACGAGUCCGUGCGCGGCUUCAUCGCGCACACGCUGGUGCACACGUACGGGCGGGUCACCAAGCGCACGCUGGCGGACUGCCUCAAGCUGGAGGGGGCCACGCUGGAGCAGUAUCUGACGGAGAAGUGCCGCUCGGCUGGGUGGAGCAUCGUCAGCACGCCAGCGGGCGAUGUUGUGGCGCUUCCCAAGAACGACUACAACCAGUCGGUGGUGAAGCGCACCCAGGAGCUCAUCCGCUUCGAGCAGGUGGCGCCCAUGCUCAAGGUCGUCACCGUGGGCUUCUAGGCAGCCACAGCCGGCUAGAA